UUGGUGUGGUUGCUGCCAGUGACAUUCAUUGUCUGUGUGGCAGCCAAUCACAGGCUCUUAUGACACAAGCAUAACUUAAGUUGCAGUAUAAAAGUACACAUGGAAAAUACAUGCUUUGUCAUUGCUAGUCCCUCUCUUUUUAACUUAAAUUUCUAGUAUAAAUAUAUAUUGGCUUAUUAACCCCCAAAGCCAAUUAGCAAUAGUAAUACAAAACAAAAGUCUGACCUAAAUAAGAACAUGAUACAAUUCAGUAAGUGUGCUUAUAUCUGCCUGUGCAUCCUGAUAGCUUUCAGCCUGGUGGAUCUGAUUGUCAGCAAUCAAGCAACUGAUAAAGAGACGUUGUGCAGUGCAUGUACCUGGAGACAGAACAGCAAGUCUUCAAGAUUAGAAGCUAUAAAGAUCCAGAUCCUUAGCAAACUUCGUCUGGAACAAGCACCCAAUAUCAGCAAGGAUGCUAUCAAACAUCUUUUGCCCAAAGCUCCACCAUUAGAAGAACUGAUUGAUCAAUAUGAUGUCCAAGGCGAUGACAGCAGUGAAGGAUCUUUGGAAGAAGAUGAUUACCAUGCCACCACUGAAACCAUCAUCACAAUGCCCACAGAACCUGAUUCCUCAACUACAGAUAAACCAAAAUGUUGCCAUUUUAAAUUCAGCUCCAUAAUGCAAUACAAUAAAAUUGCAAAGGCCCAACUAUGGAUUUACUUAAAGCCGGUUCAGAAACGUACAACAGUAUUCGUACAGACCUUCCGACUCCCUAAGGUACCGAAUGAGAACACAAGGCCUACUGGAAUCCGCUCUCUGAAGCUGGAGAUGAAUCCGGGCCCUGGGACCUGGAAAAGCUUAGAUGUUAAAGCAGCACUGCAAAACUGGCUAAAGCAACCCGAACCUAGCAUAGGCAUUGAAAUCAAAGCAUCUGAUGAAAAUGGAAAGGAGCUUCCUGUAGCCUACCGUGGUUCAAAUGAUGACGGACUGAAUCCAUUUAUUGAGGUUAAAGUUAUGGAUACCCCGAAAAGAUCCCGUAGAGAUUUCGGCCUUGACUGUGAUGAGCAUUCCACCGAAUCUCGGUGCUGCCGCUAUCCACUGACGGUCGAUUUUGAGGCCUUUGGCUGGGACUGGAUCAUUGCACCAAAACGAUAUAAAGCCAACUAUUGCUCUGGUGAAUGUGGAAUUGUCUUUCUGCAGAAAUAUCCCCAUACUCAUCUUGUUCAACAAGCUAACCCAAGGGGCUCUGCUGGCCCCUGCUGCACACCAACAAAAAUGUCCCCGAUAAAUAUGCUAUAUUUCAAUGAAAAUGAACAAAUCAUUUAUGGAAAAAUUCCAGCAAUGGUGGUAGAUCGUUGUGGAUGCUCAUAAAGGAACAUUGUGAAAUGCGAAGCCGAGUUUUCCUGCUUUAUAAUUACAUAAACUUUUAAAAGUUGUUCAUUAAGCUAAGGAGUAUCCCACAAUUCAGGGCUACAGUUACACCAAGAUAACAUGAACUUCAGCAAGAGGACAUCAGGUAUUACUAUAACUGGUGAUAUAUGCACAAAAAUUAAUCAUUAUUUCUGAUGCAAACGUUCAGAAAUCUGGAGGACAAUUAUACAGUCACAUUCAUUACAUUUUAACAGGUAGACUUCAAGAAAAUAUAUUUUUUAAUAGAGGGCUAUUUUUCAAUAAAAAUGUAAACAUUGACACACUCUUGUAAAUUUCUUGCAGCACAAAAAGUUUGUAGUACCCUUUUUUGCUUUUAAUUGGAACACAGUAAGAAUAAUGUGGAUUGAUUGUUCAUAAUAGUAGAUAAUUGUGUGUGUAUAGCUUAACUUAUACAUAACUUUAAAACUAAUUUUCAACAACCCAUUACAUCACAUUAUAAAAGGGACGAUGCCCU